UGUUUUUUUGGCGAAUUUCAAUAUUUGAUCACUACAUGUGAUACAUCAUCGAAAAGAAGAAAAGUAAGAGAUGUUUUUAAGAUCAUUGGCAAUCCAUUAUCACCAUUCGUUUUUUUUAAACCGAAUUCUAAGUUGAUUUUUUUUAUCGUAAUUUGUAAUUUUGAACAAACUUUGGCGGCUUGUGCUAUCUAAUAAUUAUCUGGACCCUUUAUUAUGGUAACGACGGACAACUACGGAACCCUGCACUGCUCGUGGCACGAAACGCAAUUGGCCAAUUUUUAGAAUUAUUAUGAAACAAUCCUAACGAGCUUUAUCUAUUAACAUCAUUGUACCUACUACUUAUAUAAUAAUUAUGUUACGUAGUUUAAAUAGGUGUUUGUUUUCCAUCCAAAUAAAAAAAGUAAACACUGCACUCGCAUCCGAUCUGAUGAAAAUCCGAAAUCACCCUCUUUACGUACUUGACAAAUUGAGCUGAGCAUCCCCCAGGCAUCAGGCAUGUCGCACGCGGUGGUGCGCGGCGCGCCGACGGCGGCGCAGCGGUACGCGGACGGCGCGCUGGACGCGUGGCUGCGCGCGCGCGGCCGGGAGCCCUCCCGCGAGGCGCGCGCGCGCGUGUCCGCGGCGCAGCUGCUGCUGCACUGCAUGCGCCAGGCGCCCGACUUCGUCUGCAUGAUCAACGGCGCCACCGGCGAGCAGACCACGAACCGCGAGAUGCUGGAGCUGGCCAUCCCUUUCGCGCGCAAGCUGCGAGCCCAGGGCCUGAAGGGGAAGACCGUGAUGCUGGUGGCGCGCGACCACGAGCGCACCGUGGCGGUGUUCCUGGGCCUGCUGCUGGCGGGCGUGCUCGCGUACCUCACUGAUCCUGGGGCCACUAAGUAUGAGUUGCAGCACUACUUGCGGCUCGUGGAGCCCGCGCUGGUGUUCUGCGACGAGGCGACGCAGGCGGCGGUGCGCGUCGCGACGGCCGACGCGCCCGCGCCCGCGCACGUGCUGCCCAUACACGACGACGCGCUGCUCGACUACAUCCAGGGACACACCGACGACCUUGACUUUUUCGAAGCGGAGGACAGCGAGGAGGGCGCGGCGAGCCUGCUGCUGCCCACGAGCGGCUCCACGGGGCUGCCCAAGGCGGCGCAGUACAACCAGCGCGCGCUGGUGGCGCAGCUGCCCACCGUCUGGAUGCACUAUGAGAAGUUUCCCACGCCUACGGAGCGCGUGAUGUUGCUCACAACGCCGCAAUGGAGUACCUUCACCAUCACCGUUGCCACGUGUUGUUUAUACAACGUCACACUGGUCAUGUCUCCUAAAGAGGCUACCGUGGAAAAUGUACUCGACAUGAUGCAAAGAUGCAGGCCAACUUGGACGUUCUUCGGGCCGCCGUUCGCCAAGCAGCUGGCCAAGGCGGCGACGCCGGACCACUUCUCGUCGCUGGAGACCGUGAUGACGCUCGGCUCGCAGGUGUCGCCCGACAUCAUGACCGCUCUUAAAGAAAAAAUGGCACCGGGCAGCAACCUGUGCGACGGGUUCGGCAUGACGGAGGCGCACGGCUUCCUGGCCGUGGCGCCGCGCGGCGCCGCGCCCAGCUGCCAGGGCCGCUGCGCCAACAUAUUCCACUACAGGCUCGUCAAAAACGAUGAUGAAGAUGCUGCCACUGACGAAGAAGGAGAACUGUACAUUAAGGGCUCUACUAUUAUCAAGGAAAAAAUGGCUCCGGGCAGCAAUAUGUGCGACGGCUACGGCAUGACGGAGGUGCACGGCUUCGUCACCGUGGCCGAGCGGGACGCCGCGCCGGGCUGCAACGGCCCUUGCGCCAACAUCUUCCACUACCGGCUCGUCAAAAGCGACGAUGAAGAUGCUGCCACUGAUGAAGAAGGAGAACUUACCGUUAAGGGCCUUAGUCUUGUUAAGACUACACAAGAACAGAUGAAAAAGCUAUUCUCGGUGCCACGGAAUGGAGGUAUGUUGUUGUCUGUUGCACUCCCCAUCUCGCAAGCUACCUCAUCGCGCGAAGAGGAAGGCAGCAGGCUCACUAGCACGCACGAGGCAAACUAUACAUAA